GCGUGGAGAAACAUGGCGGCGAGGGUGACAGCAGAGCCCGAAUAAAACACUGGGGAUAUCCCACAGAUUUACCGUCCGACGCUCGCGUCAGCGCUCCGCGUUGAGCGCUAGGCGUGUGUGCGUGCGUGUGGCGCUUUUCUGACGCGCGUCUGUCCGUGUUUAAGCCGCAGGAGCCGCGGAGAGGAUGGAAGACGAGGAGCGACAGAAGAAGCUACAGGCCGGCAAAGCCAAGCUUGCAGAGUACCGGCAGAGGAAAGCUCAAUCCGAUGGCCAGAAGAAGCAGAAGAAGAAGAAAAAGAAGCCAGAAUCGGAUUCAGAGGAGCAGGGGAGAAAUGAGGGAGAGGAGACCACCGUGUUUUCCCUCUCAAAGACCCUCCGGAGUGGAGAAACCGUCACACACGACCAGACCUACACCAUAGAGCCCGAGAGUGAAGUCUCAACGACAGCUGAAGACUGUUCAUCUGAGGUAAAUGGUUUCCACGAGAGGACAGAGAGUGAUCUGGCGUCCUCUGUGAUCGGGGAGGAAGAUCUGCAGCGGACUGAAGCACACAUGGAGCCUGACCUACAGAGCGGCGGCCCUCAGAGCCGCAUUCAGAUCAUGGAGGAUGAGUUAGCCGCUAAGAGCAUGGCCAUGGAGGAGCUGAGCCGCGAGCUCGAGGAGAUCAGGGGCGUGUUUGGAGCUGAAGGAGUGCAGCAGCUGCAGGACUUCGAGGAGGCGCUGAAACAGAGGGAUGAAAUCAUCACGCAGCUCACCGCCAAUCUGCAGCAGGCGCGGACCGAGAAGGAGGAGGUGAUGAGGGAGUUCCUGGAGCUGACGGAGCAAAGCCAGAAACUCCAGAUUCAGUUCCAGCAGCUGCAGGCCGGUGAGAUACUGCGGAGCUCCAACAUCAGCUCCACCGCCGCAGAUCUGCUCCAGGCCCGUCAGCAGAUCACGCUGUACCAGCAACAGCUGGACGAGAGGGACGCACAGGUCAGAGGUCACCAGGAGAAGACGCAGGAGCAGCUUUUAUUGAUCGCGCAGCUUCAGGAGAGGGUCCGCACACAAGCUGAAGAGUCGUUUGCACAGAGUUUACGAGAGAAGGACCUACUGAAUACUGAACAUCAGUGUCUAAUAACGCAGCUUAAAGAACAGCUUCUGUCUUCCAAACAGCAAGUAGAGGAAUUCAACAAACGUCUUGCUGCGAAAACUCAAGAGCUAGACAACUGCGAAAAAGAGCUCUCCACGUCCAGACAGAAAGAGCGCAUGUCGUCCGGAGAAAUCCUGCAGCUCAUGAAAACUGUCGAGGACCUCCAGCAGCGCUGCCACCAGGGAGGCCAGUCGGAGAGCGAGACGCUCCGGAGAAUCGAGGACGACUGGAGCCGACGGAUGGAGCAGCUGCGAGCCGAACUGGACGAAAUGUACGGUCAGCAGAUCGUGCAGAUGAAGCAGGAGCUUCGCACGCAACACGCGACGGAGGUGGAGCGAAUCCGAGCGCAGCAUUGCUCGGAAACUGAGAAGAUCGUCCAGCAGUACCAGUCAGAGCUGGAAAGGUUUAAAGCUCAGCUGUUCCAGAGCGCCGGAGGUGUUAACGUGCUAAACGUUAAGCUCAUCGAGCUCCAGCAGAAGCUGCAGGAGACGCAAGUGUUGCGCGAAAAGGCGGAGCAGGAGCUAACGCAGGCGAGCGCAGAAAAACUCGGUUUGGCACAGGAGGUGGAGCGUUUGCGCGACGAGCUGCAAAAAGCGGAAAUACAGAGCCCAGAGAAAAUGCAGCACGCUAUUAGCGACCUGCAGGCGCAGCUAGAUUUAGCGCACAAAGCCAAUGGCGAACUAGAAGCCAAGCACGAAUCGGAAAUCACCAACUAUAAGAUCAAACUCGACAUGCUGCAGCGGGAGAAAGACGCGGUGCUGGACCGCAUGGCCGAAUCGCAGGAGUCGGAGCUGGAACGCCUGCGAACGCAGCUCUUGUUUAGCCACGAGGAGGAGCUCUCCCGACUUCGCGAUGACCUCCAACGGGAAAGCCAUCUCAACGUGGAGAACCUGCGAGACGAGUUGGGCGUGAGGCACCACGAGGCUUUGGACGGUUUCGAGGACAAGCUGCGGUCGGUGGAGCGAGAGAAAGCGGCGCUGGCGGCGGAGAGACUCGCGCUGCUCGAGGAGAUCGUAGCAUUGAAAAACGACCUGAAUCGGGCAACGGAAAGCGUGAGAGCCGAGGAGCUGGUCGCGCAGCUGAAGGAGCUGCAGGUGGAAGUCGGAAGCGAAGAAAAAGACCUGCACGCAACCACGAGGGACGAGCUGACAGCGCUGAAGAACGAGCGUGAAAACCUUCUGCAGAAAAUCGCCCGCCUUUCCUCGGACAACGAACAGAUGUGUGCGCGAUUGAAAGAGCUUCGGGAGGAGACUGAAAAGCAGAAAAACACGUUCUCCUUCGCUGAGAAGAACUUCGAGGUGAACUACCAGGAGCUGAAGGACGAGUACACGUGCCUGGUGAAUGCUAAACUACAGCUAGAGCAGCGCUUGGUCAGAGAAGCCAUGGAAUAUGAGACCAAACUCAGAGAUCUGCAAACGAGACACGAGGAGGUGGAUGGGAAGACGCUGAUUGAACAAGACACCUCUGAGCUGAUGGAGAAGCUGGAGACGGCUGAGAGCGAGAAGAAGAGCUUAGCAGAGCGUCUCUCGAUGAUGCAAACAGAUAUGAAACGUCUUGAAGACGAGCUCAAGAACACACUGAUUGAAAAAGACACCACUGAGCUGAUGGAGAAGCUGGAGACGGCUGAGAGCGAGAAGAAGAGCUUAGCGGAGCGUCUCUCGAUGAUGCAAACGGAGCUGGAGAUGCUGAAGAGAGACAGAGACGAAGAGCUCUUCGACUGCAGCGUUGCUGGUGGGCUGUGCUCAGUGGAGACACAUCACGGUCACAUCAGAUCUUUGCGGGAGGAACUGGAUGCCUUGCAAGACGAGGAGCGCCUCGAAGCAGCGCAGCCGCAGGAGGGGAGGGAGAGAGAGACGCCUGCGAGUACUCCAGCGCGCCGGCUCGCUUUACACACACACACAGCAACAGCAGCAGCAGCGCAUGAGGAUCAGCUCUCAGUGCCCGACCGACUCCCGCAGCAGGUGGAGACGGGAGAUGCUCCGGCCGAUGGAGACGCUGUCGGAGCCUCGCUCAUGAUGCAGCCGCGGGAAAUGGACGGCGCUGAGCAUGAUGAGUGUCGUCUGCAGCUGGAGGCUCAGCGCAUCAGUCUGUCUCAGAUCCACGCCGCUCAUCUCGAGCUGCUCAGAGAGAGUCUGUUUGCGCAGACACAGGCGCAGCUGCAGGAGCUGCGGGACGCACACGAGCAGCAGCUGCGGCGCUUGAGGAGAGAGCAGCAGGGAGUCAACGGUCAUCCCGCAGAGCUGAAGGCAGAGUUUGAGGAGUGUUCGGCUCGUCUGGAGGAGAGACAGCGGCAGGAGAUCGAGCGGCUGAAGAGCUACUAUCAGCAGCAGAUGAAGGAGACGCAGGAGCGCUUCACAGCCGAGAUCCUCCUGCUGCAGAGCAGACUCCAGGAGCUCACAGGAGCCCACCAGCUCUUCAGCAUGCCGAGCGUCUGUCCGCUGCGGAUGAGAGACGAGCGCCGUGAUUGUCUUCAGGUCAUGAGGAUGAGGAGGACCGACUGA